UACAAUAUAUUAAUUAAUCUUGUGUUAGUAAUAAAUGCUUUAAUCUAAUUAAUUUGGGGGAGUUGAAGUAUGGGGUGAGGAUAAAAUAUAUUGUAAUUUGUAUUAACGUAAAAUUAAAUGUAAUUAUAGGAACCUAAUCAGAGAAAAAUUCUAUUUCUCCUCUGAAUAAAUUCCUACUAUUACGCCACUUUACUGAAGGAUGUCCAGCUGUUUGUAACAUACCUUGUAUUCCCACCAAGAAGUGGGGAAAAAGCAUACUAUAAUUGUUACCAGAUACAUAGCAUUAUAUUCUCGUGUUUUUAUUAUAACAACUAUUUAUUCAUUCAACAUUUAUGUACCUACCGUCUACCGGUGGCCAAUUAUUGAUAUACUCUUUGCAAUUUUCGCCGGCUGUUAUUUUGCUUCUAUUUUUUCAACAUGCGCAUGGUUAUUGUUUUAUUAUUGACACGUUUGUAUUUUUUGGUGGCUGGUCAUCAGUAUCCUAUAGUAGAAACUGAAAGUGGGCUCAUAUCUGGAAAACUAUCGAAAACAUGGAAAGGAAGAACUAUUUACAGCUUCCAAGGAAUACCUUACGCUACUCCUCCAGUGGGGAAGCUGAGAUUUCAGGAAGCUCAGCCGAUAAAACCUUGGCUGGGUGUGUGGAACGCAUCAUCUCCGGGUAGUAAAUGUAUUCAAUACGACCAUUCGAGUUAUUUAAUUGAAGGAGACGAGGACUGUCUUUAUGUGAAUGUAUAUACACCAAAACUUCCGGUAAAAGGAAAAAGUAAUAAACUUUUGAAUGUAUUGGUUUUUAUUCACGGAGGCGCCUUCAUGUUCCUUUACGGAUCUAUAUACCAGCCCGAUUACAUUUUGGACAAAGAUAUAAUUCUAGUUACAUUUAAUUAUCGGCUCGGUCCAAUAGGUUUUUUUAGUACUGGAGAUUCCGUAGUGCCCGGCAAUAAUGGAUUAAAAGAUCAAGUACAAGCGUUAAAAUGGGUGAAAAGAAAUAUAAAGUAUUUUGGAGGCGAUCCAGAGAAUAUUACAAUCAGUGGAAUGUCGGCUGGAGGUGCCAGUGUUCAUUUCCAUAUGUUGUCACCAUUGUCUAGAGGACUGUUUCAAAGAGUAUUCUCUCAGAGUGGAACGGCAUUAUGCCCUUGGACAAUAACCGAAAAUGUACCGGAUAAAUCAGCAGCAGUCGGAGCUUACCUAGGUUGUCCUACUCGUCCGUCGAAAGAAUUGGUCGACUGUUUAAUGUCGAGGCCAGCUUUACACAUCGUAGAAGCAGUAAAAAUAUUUCUCCCGUUCCUGUACAACCCAUACUCUCCUUUUGGACCGAUUGUAGAGUUACCGAGUGAAAAUGCUUUUAUAAGCGAACUGCCCUAUCAAAUUCUUGCCAAAGGCCUAGCGGCUGAUGUACCGUGGUUGUCCAGUGUUGCCACUCACGAGGGCCUCUACCCUGGAUCUGAAUUUAUCAAUAACCCUACGUUAUUGAAGUACAUUGACGAAAAUUGGAACAAAGUCAUGCCGCACAUACUGGAUUACAACUAUACAGUACCCCAAGAUAAAAUCGACAACGUGUCUGAACUUAUCAGAAAAGAGUAUAUAGGCAGUAAAGAAUUGGUUAAAGGAAAUACAGAACAAUUUAUUCAAAUGAUAAGCGAUCGCCUGUUUGUAGUCGAUAUUAUAAAAGCUGCUAAAAUGCAUGCACUGCUUUAUAAAUCUCCGGUAUAUUUGUAUCAAUUCGGAUACCGGGGUAGCCACAGUCUAUCGGAACAUUUUGCUCAAUCAGAUGAAAAUUAUGGAGCUAGUCAUGCCGAUGACACGGGUUACGCAUUAAAAAACGUAUAUGUAAAAGUCGAAGACUCAGAAUCGGAUAAAUCGUUAGUGCCAAUUAUAGUUGAUAUUUGGACAUCGUUUGCUUUCGAAGGAAUACCAUCAACUGGAAUUAGCUCUAUCAAUUGGACACCAGUGAGCAAAAACCCUAAUCAUUCGGCCGUGUCGUUUUUAAAAAUAUCUUCCCCUACUAAUAUUACAAUGAGCGAAGUCGAGAAUAUGGGAAGAACUAGUUUUUGGGAUUCGCUGGGCUUCAACGAGAAUGAACACUAUUCUUAUCAUGAAAAUAAAGAUGUUUAAUUUUCUUAAAUGUAUUACCUAAUAAUACUUCAAUUGUAAUGCUCAGUUGCAUUUAUUUUUAUAUAUAAUUUAUGGAAUACAAAGUACUAAUUUUUUUUAUAAAUUUGUGCAUAACUUAAGUUAUUUUUUUAAGGAAUCAAAAUACUUCUUAGUUUUUUUAAAUUUAUGUUAAAUAAUAUAUUGGCAUUUAGAUUUAAAAUAUUGUAUUGUUGUAUUAAUAUUAUAUUAUUUGAUUUACAUUUGUAAUCAUGAAUCAUAAUCUAUAAUGAUCAUGAUUUUUAAAAAUAAUUUGGUGUGAUGUUACUGAAAAAUUAAGAUUUUUACAAUUGUAUAAUUUACUUUUUAUGUAACAAGACUCGGUUAAUAUUAUAUCUUCUAGAAAAUUUGUUUUCAACAACAACGUUUCUUAAAAUAUACGUAGCAUGCGUCUAUCAUGACGUAUGCUUAUUUCAAUUUGAACA